AUGGGAAAACAACUACCUCCCCCACCACCACCUCCAGGUAUAUCAAAUGGUAACGGUAACAAAAGGCGACAUUUAAAUCCACCACCACCUCCUCCUCCUUCUUCGAAUAUCUCGAAAUUACAACCACCACCACCAACCAAUAAAUCAAAUAGCGUCAAAAGAGUACCGCCUCCAAGUCUACCUACACCACCGCCUCCACCACCACCAUCAUUGAAGCCAAAUAUAAAUAACAAAACACCUCAUCAUGUAAAUACAAAACUCAAAAAACGAUCUAAAAAAUCUGGACUUGUUACUGUUCCUACAAAUAUAGAAAUGCCACCUCAACAUUUACGUAAAAUAAUAAUUGAUCAUGCCGAUUUAGGACUGAAAAGAGUAUCAUCAGAUAAAAGAUCUCAUUUAGGUUCAUUAAAAUAUUUACCUCAUGCCAUUUUUAAAUUAUUAGAAAAUAUUCCACAACCAUGGGAACAAUCAAAAGAAGUUAAAGUAUUAUAUCACAAGACUGGUGCAAUUACAUUUGUUAAUGAAAUUCCAAGGGUUAUAGAACCUGUAUAUAUUGCACAAUGGGCAUUAACUUGGAAUAUGAUGAGAAGAGAGAAAAGAGAUCGUAAACAUUUUAGAAGAAUGAGAUUUCCUCCAUUAGAUGAUGAAGAACAAUUUUUGGAUUGGACUGAAAAUUUUGAAGAUUUAAGUUUACCUGUUGCAAUAAGAUCUAAUGAGAUAGAUGAAAUUGGAGAUUUUAAAGAUUGGAUAUAUGAUGAAAAACCUUUGAUUGAUGAUAACGAUGUUGUAAAUGGGGAAUCAUACAAAUCAUGGAAUUUAGAUGCUGAUACAAUGCAUAAACUAUAUGAAAUAUCAAAACCAUUAUUGGACACCACUGAUCACCCUUAUGAUACAAACGAAUUAUUUACAGCUAAAAGUUUAAAUGUUUCAAUUCCUGGUGGACCUAAAUUUGAACCUUUAUUUCAAGAAGGUGUAAUUAAUUCAGAAGCUGAAGAUUUCACGGAGUUUAAUUCAUUUGAUAGAAUAAUUAUCAGAUCACCAAUUAAAACAGAAUAUAAAGUUGAUUUUCCUUAUUUAUAUAAUUCAUUUGUUAAAAACAUUUCACUAGCACCAAUUUUAAAUGACCUUUCAUGUGAUGACAAAUCAGAUUUAAGCCAACUUCCAGCAUUUACAUUUAAUACAAAAUUCAACCCCAUCAUACCGAGAAAACAAUCAAAAAAGCCAAAAGAAGAAAUGAAAUUAAAUUUUACUCCAUUAUUUAAAUCACCGAAAGACACUCCAGCAUUAAUUGAACCAGAGUCUUUAAAACCAUCAAUUGAUUUAUUAUCAGCACCAUAUCCAUUCAACAUCAGAUCUGGAAGAAUGAAGAGAGCAGAAGAUGUACCCAUUACGAAAUCAUGGUAUAGAAAUCAUAUUCCAAGAUCAUCACCAUUAAAAGUUAGAAUAUCUUAUCAAAAGCUUUUGAAAAAUAGUGUAAUUAAUGAUUUAAAAACCAGAAAAAAUAGAAGAUCAAAAUCAAGCAGUAAAGCAAAUUUGCUAAAAAGUUUACGGGGUACUAAAUUUUUUCAACAAACUAAGAUUGACUGGGUAGAAGCUGGUACACAAGUUUGCAGACAAGGAUUCAACAUGUUGAAUUUAUUAAUACAUAAAAGAGGGUUAACUUAUUUACAUUUAGAUUAUAAUUUUAAUUUAAAACCCACCAAAACUUUAACUACAAAAGAACGUAAAAAAUCAAGAUUUGGUAAUGCAUUCCAUUUAAUUAGAGAAAUACUAAGAGCAAUCAAAAUUAUUGUUGACUCACAUAUUCAAUACCGUUUGGGGAAUGUUGAUGCCUAUCAACUAGCAGAUGGAAUUCAUUACAUUUUAAAUCAUCUAGGUCAUUUAACUGGUAUUUACAGAUACAAAUAUAAAGUAAUGCAUCAAAUUCGUCAAUGUAAAGAUUUCAAACAUAUAGUAUAUCAAAGAUUUAAUAAACUUAUAGGAAAAGGUCCAGGAUGUGGAUUUUGGCAACCAGCUUGGAAGGUAUGGAUUUUCUUUUUGAGAGGUAUCAUACCGUUAUUAGAAAGAUGGUUAGGUAACUUAAUUGCAAGACAAUUUGAAGGUAGAAGAGCUAAUGAUGUUGCUAAAACUAUUACAAAACAAAGAGUAGACUCUUACUAUGAUUUAGAAUUAAGAGCUCAAGUAAUGCAUGAUAUUUUAGAUAUGAUUCCAGAAGGUUUAAAACAAAGUAAAUCAAAAACUAUUUUACAACAUUUAAGUGAAGCUUGGAGAUGUUGGAAAGCUAAUAUACCAUGGAAAGUCCCCGGUUUACCAGAACCAAUUGAAAAAAUUAUCGAAAGAUAUAUCAAAGCUAAAGCUGAUGGUUGGAUUUCAGUUGCACAGUAUAAUAGAGAAAGAAUUAGAAAGGGAACUCAUGUUGAAAAAACAGUUGCCAAAAAAAACUUAGGAAGAUUAACAAGAUUAUGGAUCAAGAAUGAACAGGAAAGACAAAAUGAUUUUGGUAAAAAUGGUCCGUUUAUACAACCAGAUGAAGCUAUAAAAAUUUUCCAAACUACUGUCAAUUGGUUGGAAAGUAGAAAAUUUAGUCCUAUUCCAUUCCCACCAAUUUCAUACAAACAUGAUACAAAGUUAUUGACACUUGCAUUAGAAAAUUUAAAAGCAUCUUUCAAUACAACAGCAAAACUAAAUGCUGCUCAAAGAGAUGAAUUAGCAUUAAUUGAACAGGCUUAUGAUAAUCCACAUGAAUGUUUAGCAAGAAUUAAGAAACAUUUAUUGACUCAAAGAAUAUUUAAAGAAGUUGGUUUGGAAAUGAUGGAUUUUUAUAGUCAUUUACAACCUACUUAUUCAGUUGAUCCAUUGGAAAAAAUUACAGACGCUUAUUUAGAUCAAUAUCUAUGGUAUGAAGCAGACAAAAGGAAAUUAUUCCCUAAUUGGAUUAAACCUGCAGAUGAUGAAAUACCCCCUUUAAUGGUUUACAAAUGGUGUCAAGGUAUUAACAACCUAAAAGAUGUCUGGAAUACUUCACAGGGUCAAUGUAAUGUAAUGCUUGAAAGUAAAUUAUCAAGAUUUUCAGACAAGAUUGAUUUCACCUUGAUUAAUAGAUUAUUAAGAUUGAUUAUGGAUACAAACAUUGCAGAUUACAUCACAUCAAAAAACAAUAUCAACCUUACUUAUAAAGAUAUGAAUUAUGUUAAUCAGUAUGGUAUAAUUAGAGGACUACAAUUUUCAUCUUUUGUUUAUCAAUAUUAUGGAUUAAUUGUUGAUUUAUUAAUACUUGGUUUGGAAAGAGCUUCAGAAUUGGCGGGCCCAGUUACGAAUCCAAACAAUUUCCUUCAAUUUAAAGAUGUUGAAACUCAAUGUGCAUCUCCAAUAAGAUUAUACUCAAGAUAUAUGGACAAAAUACAUAUCUUUUUCAGAUUUGAUGAUGAUGAAUCCAAUGGAUUAAUUUAUGAUUUUUUGGAACAAAAUCCAGAUCCAAAUUUUUCAAAUGUUGUUGGUUAUAACAACAAGCGAUGUUGGCCAAAAGAUUCUCGUAUGAGAUUGCUAAGGCAUGAUGUUAAUUUAGGUAGAGCAGUAUUUUGGGAAAUUAAAUCAAGAAUCCCUAAUACUUUAGUUACAAUGGAAUGGGAGGACACUUUUUGUUCAGUAUAUUCUCGUGAUAAUCCAAAUCUUUUAUUCGAGAUGUGUGGGUUUGAGAUUAGAAUUUUACCAAAAAUAAGAGCAAACCUGUCAACUUCAUCACAGGAAAACGUUUGGGAUUUGAUUGAUCAAAAUACUAAGGAAAGAACCGCCAAAGCUUAUCUAAAAGUAUCAAAAGAUGCAGUAAGUAGUUUUAGCAAUAGAAUAAGUCAAAUUUUAAUGUCAUCUGGAUCAACUACUUUUACACAAGUUGCUGCAAAAUGGAAUACUGCAUUGAUUGCAUUAGUUACAUAUUAUAGAGAAGCAGCUAUUGCAACUCCUGAAUUGUUAGAAGUAUUAGUCAAAUGUGAAACUAAAAUUCAAAAUCGUGUUAAAAUGGGUCUUAAUUCAAAAAUGCCUACACGUUUUCCACCUGCAGUUUUCUAUACACCAAAGGAAUUAGGUGGUUUGGGUAUGCUAAGUGCAUCACAUAUUCUUAUACCUGAAUCUGAUUUAAAAUGGUCACAACAAACAGAUACUGGAAUCACAUAUUUUAAAACUGGUAUGUCACAUGAAGAAAAAAAUUUAAUUCCCACUAUAUUUAGGUAUGUUACAACUUGGGAAAAUGAAUUUUUAGAUUCUCAAAGAGUAUGGGCUGAAUACGCUAUAAAAAGAGAAGAGGCAGCUUCACAAAAUCGUCGUUUAACUUUUGAAGAUAUGGAAGCAAAUUGGGAUAGAGGUAUACCUAGAAUCAGCACACUAUUUCAAAAAGAUAGACACACUUUAGCUUAUGAUAAAGGUCAUAGAAUAAGAAGAGAAUUCAAGCAUUUUAAUACUGGUAGAUAUAACCCAUUUUGGUGGACAUCGGGUCAUCAUGAUGGUAAAUUAUGGAAUUUAAAUGCUUAUAGAACUGAUGUCAUACAAGCUCUAGGUGGUAUUGAAACGAUUUUAGAACAUACUUUAUUUAAAGGUACAGGAUUUGAUUCAUGGGAAGGAUUAUUUUGGGAAAAGGCAUCUGGUUUUGAAGAUUCUUUAAAAUUCAAAAAAUUGACUAAUGCUCAAAGAUCAGGUUUAAGUCAAAUUCCAAACCGUAGAUUCACAUUAUGGUGGUCACCAACUAUUAACAGAGCUAAUGUCUAUGUCGGUUUUUUGGUUCAAUUAGAUUUAACUGGUAUUUUUUUACAUGGUAAAAUCCCCACUUUGAAAAUUUCAUUAAUUCAAAUAUUUCGUGCUCAUUUAUGGCAAAAGAUUCAUGAAAGUGUGGUACAAGAUUUAUGUCAAGUAUUUGAUAAAGAGUUAGAAAUUUUACAAAUUGAUAAUGUCGAAAAACAAGCUAUUCAUCCAAGAAAAUCUUAUAGAAUGAAUUCUUCAACUGCUGAUGUUGUUUUGACUAGUAGUUAUAAAUGGAAUGUUUCAAAACCUUCUUUACUUAAUGAUAAAGACGAAAAUUAUAAUUUACCUGCUAAGACUUUUUGGAUUGAUGUUCAAUUAAGAUAUGGUGAUUAUGAUUCACAUGAUAUUUCAAGAUAUGCAAGAUCUAAAUAUCUUGAUUAUACUACUGAUGGCACAAGUUCAUAUCCUUCUCCUACUGGUAUAAUUAUUGCUAUAGAUUUAGCUUACAAUAUGUAUGAUGUUUAUGGUAAUUGGUUUCCCAGUUUAAAAGCUUUAGUUGCAAAUGCAAUGAGAGAAAUUAUGAAAGCAAAUCCUGCGAUGUAUGUUUUAAGAGAAAGAAUUAGAAAAGGUUUACAAUUAUACCACGCACAACCUCAAGAAGCAUUUUUGAAUUCAAAUAAUUAUGCUGAAUUGUUUAAUAAUGAUACUCAAUUAUUUGUUGAUGAUACAAAUGUUUAUAGAGUUACAGUUCAUAAAACAUUCGAAGGUAAUUUAGCAACAAAACCGAUUAAUGGUUGUGUAUUUAUAUUAAAUCCAAGAACUGGUCAAUUAUUUUUGAGGAUUAUUCAUACAUCAGUAUGGGCAGGUCAAAAACGUUUGAGUCAAUUAGCUAAAUGGAAAGCUGCCGAAGAAAUUACUGCAUUAAUUAAAUCAUUACCUAAGGAAGAACAACCCAAACAAUUAAUAGUAUCAAGAAAAGGUAUGAUGGAUCCCUUGGAAGUACAUAUGUUAGAUUUUCCAAAUAUUUCUAUACGUCCAUCAGAAUUACAUUUACCUUUUGCUUCAGUUUUGAAAAUUGAGAAAUUAUCAGAUAUUGUUUUAAAAGCCAAUGAACCUAAAAUGGUUAUUUAUAAUUUUUAUGAUGAUUGGUUAGAAAGAAUUUCACCUUAUACUGCAUUUUCAAGAGUUAUAUUAAUUUUAAGAGCCUUAAAUAGUGAUACAGAAUUAGCAACUUCAAUUAUAUGGCCACCGGGUAUUGAAACAGAAACACAUCAUAUAUGGCCAAGUUUAACAGAUGAACAAUGGAUUGAAGUUGAAUCUAAAUUAAGAGAUUUGAUACUUGAAGAUUAUGCUAAGAAAUAUAAUAUUGAUAUACAAUCAUUAACUCAAUCUGAAAUUAGAGAUUUAAUUUUAGGACAAGAUAUUAAAAUGUCAGCUAUUAGAAGACAAGAAUUGGCAGAAAUUGAAAAAAAUGGAGGUAACCAAAUUGAAAAUAAAGAAAUUUCAGCACAAAAAUCCAUUACAACAAAUAUUCACGGUGAACAAAUUGUUACUGUUACUACUACAAACUACGAACAAGCAACUUUUUCAUCAAGAAAUGAAUGGAGAAAUCGUGCCUUAGCUGCUAAUAAUUUACAUUUAAGAGCUAAAAAUAUUUAUGUCACUUCUGAAGAAUUUAUUGAUGAUGAUUCUUAUACCUAUAUUAUGCCUAAAAAUAUUUUACAAAAAUUUAUUCAAAUUUCAGAUUUAAGAAUUCAAGUUGGUGGAUUUUUAUAUGGUAAAUCACCUGCAGAAGAUCAACCAGAUAUUAAAGAAAUUAAAUGUUUAGUAAUUGUUCCCCAAUUAGGUAGUACAAAUUCCAUUCAAUUCCCAACAAAUCUACCAGAGUAUGAAGGAUAUUUAAAAGAACAAAAUUAUGAAUUAUUAGGUUGGAUCCAUUCACAAUCUCAAUCUUUUGAUUAUAUGACUUCAUACGAUGUAACAACACAAGCUAAAAUGUUGAAUGGUUAUAAUCCAAGAUUUAUUAAUAUGACUGCUUCUUAUACGCCUGGAUCAGUUACUUUAACAGCAUUUGAAUUAUCACAAGAAGGAUAUGAAUGGGGUAAACUAAAUAAUGAUAUGAUGUCUGAAUCACCAGAAGGGUUUGAUAAACAAUUUAGUAAAAAAUCACAAUUAAUAAUGUCUGAUAAAAUAGUUGGUAAUUAUAUGGUACCAGAAGAUGAGAUAUGGAAUUAUUUUUUUAUGGGAACAAUUUUUAAUGUUAAUGAUUUAUAUAAUUUAAAGAUUGAUUUACCAUUAACUUUUUAUGAUGCAUUACAUCGUCCUAUACAUUUUACAAAAUUUUCACAAUUAGAGGCUGGUAAUGAAGAAGAAGCAAAUCAAGAAAGUGUAUUUACUUAA